AUGAAGUUAAUUAUCUCAGGAGCUUCUGGUUUCGUAGCCAAAGAAAUCAUACGGCAGAGUUUGAGCAGGAAUGAGAUUACGUCCAUUGUGGCCCUAGCUCGCAAGCCGGUAUCCGUUCCUGAGAAACUUUCGCCGGACGCAAAUCCUUCCAAGCUUAAAAGUAUCGUGAUAGAUGAUUAUGAGCAUUACCCGGAAGAAGUCAAGAAAGAAUUCGCUGGAGCUGCAGCUUGCAUAUGGACGGUCGCUAUCACACCGACGAAUGCGAAGGCGUACGACUUUGAAGAAGUCAAGCGUGUUUGCCAAACAUCGACUAUUGCAGGUUUAAAGGCCAUACAUGAGUCUGGAAUCUCGAAGUCGUUUCGGUUUCUUUAUAUGAGUGGUAUAGCAGCCGAACGUGACCGGGCAAAGCCUGUUCAGUAUCAGUCGGAGUAUACAUACAUGCGUGGAGAGACGGAAAGCGAAGUUCUUCAAUUGGCGGCGGAGCUAGACGGAGUCGAAGCCAGUGUCGCUAAGCCUGGCUUCAUCACUGCACCAGGAUAUAUCAUGAAGUCGAUCGCCGCCACCGCGCUUCAAUUUGCUCUUGGCCUCCCUAAUAUUGGUGUUGUAGACCUGACGACAACUAUGCUAGAUCAAGUCAUCAACGGUUUCGAAAAAGAGACGUUGACGCACGAAGACUUGGUCAGGAUUGCCAAAGCGCAUCAAGUUUCCGGGAAAUAG